AUGGCCGAGGCGAGGCAGACAGAUUUCUUGGUGGACGAGCAUACACCUGCACCCCCUAUAGAGAUUUUAUUGAAAUUGCAGCUCUUUCGCACGGCUCUGGUGAACUUUAUUGAGUGGAAGAACUUUGAGGAGGUAGUGCGGGGGUGUUUUGUGCGCGUUCUCCUCGAGAUGCGGAGCGAAGAUGUGCGCCGUGACAACAGUGAUCAUUACUACAUUGCCUGCGUGAAGGGGGCGAGACGCGGCCCAAGGUACUCCGGCUUCUCAGCGGACAUGGCCAGUACGGAGUGGCACAUCGUCAUUGAGCUCCCGCCAUGUUUCCGCGCCACCCAGAACGGCAAUGUUGUCCAGCUGAAUUCUAUUUCCAACUCUCCAUUUCGUCAGUUGGAGUAUCAACAGUGGGUUGAAAUGACACGAGAAGCGGGGCUCGCUUUCAUGAGUAUGCCACAGCUUCACUUCCGACUUGAUCUGCUGGAGGAACAGAAGCAGCAGGCACUCACCGUGGAGCCGCGUCGAAAGCGCUACGGGGAAGACCCACAAAUAGCAGAAAGGCGCGAGCGGGCACUCAACGCCCUUCGGGACCAAAUUAAGGCAGAAGUUGUCAGCACACACGUACAAAUGCCCUCGAUUAGUGGAUUACAGCUGUGCCCGUUGGAGCAGCUCCAGGAAAUUGAACGCGAAAUGUUAGAAAUGAUUAGUCGUGUGCGCAUGACCAUUAAUGAGCGCUCAAAAUGCAUGAUAUGCCACAGGCGUCUUUGCACUGUGAUUUGUUACCCGUGCAAACACCAGGUGUUGUGCAAGGACUGCGCAGAGCAUAUAGACGGCAAAUGCCCUGUACCGAACUGCUCUAUCCCCGUUCGAGAGAGCUUUGAGGCCUACACAUCGUAG